AUGGUAAAGUCCGCUGUUUUGGGGUUCCCAAGAAUUGGUCCAAAUAGAGAAUUGAAAAAAGCUACCGAGGGUUACUGGAAAGGUAACGUCACCAAAGAUGAACUGUUAGCUGUCGGCAAACAAUUAAGAGAACAGAAUUGGAAAUUACAACAAUCUAUAGGUGUCGACUAUAUCCCAAGUAAUGAUUUCUCCUUUUACGAUCAAGUCUUGGAUUUGGAACUAUUGUUUAACGUCAUCCCAGAUCGUUACUCAAAAUACGAUUUAGACCCAUUGGACACUUUGUUCGCUAUGGGUAGAGGUCUACAAAGAAAAGAUGUAGACGUCACCGCUUUGGAAAUGGUUAAAUGGUUCGAUUCAAAUUACCAUUACGUUAGACCUACUUUUUCUCAUGGUAUGGAUUACAAACUUAAUGGUAGUAAACCAAUCGAUGAAUUCUUAGAAGCAAAAAAAUUAGGUAUACAAACUAGACCUGUACUAUUGGGCCCUGUCUCCUUCUUAACCUUGGGUAAAGCUGAUAAAGAUUCUUUGGAUCUAGACCCAAUCUCUUUGUUGGAUAAAUUCUUACCUUUAUACGAGGAAGUUAUCACAAAAUUAAUCGAUGCUGGUGCAACUGACAUCCAAUUGGAUGAACCUGUGCUAGUCUUGGAUUUAGACCAACAAGCAAAGGACGCCAUCGUAAAGGCUUACAAUUAUUUGGGUAAGGCUCUGUCUCCAAAGAUUAACAUCUUUUUGACCACUUAUUUCGGUACUGUUGUACCAAACUUGGAUGUUUUGCAAAACUUGCCUGUUAAGGGUUACCAUUUCGACUUCGUCAGAUCCCCAGAACAAUUGGAUUCUAUCUUGAAAUCUAUCGAUUUCAACGAAAAAAUCUUGUCGGUAGGUAUCGUCGAUGGUAGAAACAUUUGGAAGAAUGACUUGGCUAAAUCCACCGCUUUUGUUCAAUCAAUUAUCGACAAAUACAACUUGUCCUCAAAGAACAUCGUCGUCGCUACCUCAUCCUCUUUGUUACACACCCCUGUCGAUUUGGACAAUGAACAUAAGUUGGACCGCAACAUCGUAGACUGGUUCUCCUUUGCCACUCAAAAAGUUUUGGAAGUUGUCGCCAUUGCUCUUAAAUUGAAUGGUGACACUUCUGUCGAUGAUAUAUUCAAGAAGAAUUUGAAGUCUAUCACUGCAAGAAAGAACUCUGUAUUGACUAAUGAUGAAGCUGUUCAAAAAAGGGUGGCUGCUAUCGAUGAUAAAUUGGCUACUCGUAAGUCUCCUUUUGUCGAGAGAGUUACUGUCCAAAAGGAAAUUUUCAACUUACCAUUAUUCCCAACCACAACUAUCGGUUCUUUCCCACAAACAAAGGACAUCAGAAUUAACAGAAACAAAUUUGUUAAAGGUACUAUCACCCCAGAAGAAUACGAAACCUUCAUUAAAUCUGAAAUCGAAAAAGUUAUCAGGUUCCAAGAAGAAAUUGGUUUAGAUGUUUUGGUUCAUGGUGAACCAGAAAGAAAUGAUAUGGUUCAAUAUUUUGGUGAACAAUUGCAAGGUUACGCCUUCACCGAAAACGGUUGGGUUCAAUCCUAUGGUUCUAGAUAUGUCAGACCACCAAUUAUUGUUGGUGACUUAUCCAGACCAAAGCCAAUGUCUGUCAAGGAGUCUGUCUACGCUCAAUCCAUUACCACCAAACCAGUCAAAGGUAUGUUGACAGGUCCAAUCACCUGCUUAAGAUGGUCUUUCCCAAGAGAUGACAUUGACCAAAAGACACAAGCUUUGCAAUUGAGUUUGGCUUUGAGAGAUGAAGUUCAAGAUUUGGAAGCUGCUGGUAUUAAGAUCAUUCAAGUCGAUGAACCUGCUUUGAGAGAAGGUUUACCAUUAAGAGCCGGUAAGGAGAGAUCGGAUUACAUGGACUGGGCCGCUGAAGCGUUUAGAGUCGCAACUGCCGGUGUUCAAGACAAAACUCAAAUCCAUUCUCACUUCUGUUACUCUGAUUUGGAUCCAAACCAUAUCAAGGCUUUAGAUGCUGAUGUUGUUUCCAUUGAAUUCUCCAAGAAGGAUGAUCCAAACUAUGUUGCUGAGUUCAAGAACUAUCCAAACCACAUCGGUCUAGGUUUGUUCGAUAUACAUUCUCCAAGAGUUGCUUCCAAGGAUGAAUUUAUCACUAAGGUUGACACCAUCUUGGAAACUUAUCCAGCUGCCAAAUUCUGGGUCAACCCAGAUUGUGGUUUGAAAACAAGAGAUUGGUAUGAAACCAAAUUGUCCCUAACCAAUAUGGUUGAUGCGGCAAAGCAUUUCCGUGAGGAAUACAAAAACAAAGCUUGA